CACAGUCAAAAGGACAACAAUACACCCCAGGACAGCUACAAUAGAAACAACAAAGAGGAAAGACUGCUAGCAACGCGAUAUUCAGGGCGGUAUUGGCAGGUAUGCAGAGACGGGCAGCAAUGGGAGAGAGCUGGCAACUCAAAACAUAAACAACGGAGUAGUUGCCAAGUUCGACGAUACAACAAGCUACAACCUUCCCUUGGAACAAUAAUUUUAAUGAUACUACUACAGAGUGGUGAUAUCAGCACCAAUCCCGGCCCCCAGUGUAGAAAUGUGAAUGAAAAUAGUGUGAAGACAAGAGAGGAAGGAAAAAGACGCCCUAAAUAUCCAUGUAUGCAUUGUGGAAGAGGAAUUAUUAAAACCAGCAAAACAAAGGAGUGUGAAGAAUGUAACUGCAAGGUACACAUAAAGUGCAUAAAAAACGUAAUAUAUAACAAGAAAAGUGAAAAGAAAAUAUGUGAAUUGUGCAACAAAGGCAUAUACACGAACAGUAAAUCGUUGAUAUGUGUUCUUUGUAAUAAGGUAGCUCAUUUAAAGUGCAUUAGAGGUAACCUGAAACACAUCACAUGGCAAGAAAGACAGUGUAAAUACAUGUGUAAUUCGUGCUGUCUAGCUGAAUUGCCUUUUCAGGAGGAACAUCACAGUGACAAUGCUCAGGAAGCUUAAAGCAAACGAGAUAACGUGGGAGGGCAAGCAAGGAGAAGAGGGAGAUGAUAGGCCGCCAAGUCCUGUGAGGGUCAAGGACUAUGCAGAGACGAUAGUGCCUCUUUACUCCGGGGAAGACUUCAAGAAACACUUUCGUAUGCAAAGGGAAACUGUUGAAGAAGUCUGCCGUCUGCUUGCCCCACACCUGCCUGCCAAGAUCAUUCCUGUAUCCAAAAAGGUGUUGGUUACGCUGUGGCUGCUGGGGAACAUUGAGUCAUUCCGCGGGGUUGCUGAUCGGUUUGACCUUGGCAAAUCGUCUCUUCACCGUGUUCUUUUCCAAGUCUGCAAUGCACUGAAAGCCAUAAGAGGUACUCUCAUUGCAUGGCCAACACGAGAUCAGCUUCCACAACUGGCUGAUGACUUUUUUAGAAGAACAAAUAUGCCUGGAGUAAUAGGAGCCAUUGAUGGGACUCACAUCCCUAUCCCAGGGCCGUCACAUGAAAGACAGGCAUACAUAAAUAGGAAAGGUUUUCCUAGCAUUCAGUUGCAAGCUGUUUGUGAUGCCAAACUUAGGUUCAUUAACAUUCUGACAGGUUGGCCUGGUUCUGUACAUGAUGCCAGAGUGUUUAGAAAUAGCCCACUUUACACUCUGUUGGAAAAUGGUAAUCUUCCUGAAGAUUAUCAUCUAUUAGGAGAUUCAGCCUAUACUCUGCAGCCUUACAUGCUAGUUCCAUAUAGAGACAAUGGACACUUGCUUCCAUGGCAGGUUAAUUUUAAUCAUAUCCACUCCACUUCAAGGGUUGUCAUCGAGAGGGCAUUUGGGCUUCUGAAAUCAAAAUUUAGGCGGCUACAGAAGUUAGAGAUGAUUGAUGUAGAAAGAAUCCCUUUAGUAAUAUCUGGUGCCUGUGUGAUGCAUAAUAUAAUUUUAAUGAAGGAAAACUUAAACCUAGAUUUAGAGAUUCAGCAGGACUUAGAAGUAAUUGGACAUGAUGUUGGAGUUGAUAAUGUUGCAGCACGAGAAGCACGUGCUGCGGCAGUUCAGAAAAGGGAUGAGAUAGCCACUGGCUUGGCCAUGCACAUGUAAAUAGAUAAUUUGUAAUCAUGUUAAGUCAAAGUACAAGUUUAAAUUACUUACCCUUAUUGUAAAAUAUUUUCAUUUAACCCGUUCUGCACGGACAAAGAAGAGCGGAUUUUCAGUUUGAUAGUUUAAGGAAUAGAGCAAGCUUGAAAUACCCCCUGCCUUUGACAAAUAGCUUAAAAUACAUUCUUUUCAUAGACCAGUAAGCUUAAUAUAUCCUUUCAUUUGUCCCAGCAAGCUUAAAAUACUCAUGUUCUGCCUCAAGUCAUGCCGUGCUGAGAGGGUUAAAGUUAAUAUUUAGUAAAAUAUUUAAAUUUGUUAAAAUCAUGUAUGAAACAGUAGUUGGGUUUGAAUAAAUGCCCCGCAAACUACCUCCACUGUGGGCCUCUGUAGCAGCAGCCACCAUGGCGGUAGGUGCCCGAGCGUCUGUGGGAAGAAAUGCGACACAUAUAACACCGUCUUUUAUUGCUAUAAAUACUAAUAUUUUGGUCAUAUUGCCUUAUUCCAACAUUCUACAAGGGAUAACAGACUUACCGCAUUGUUUUUGAUGUUCUGUGACAUCAAGUAAGCUAUCAAAGUAGCGUUGGCAGCCCCCACACUGAAAGCAUGGUGGUGAAGAGGUGGCCAUCU